UUAGUUUCAAGCGGACCGCGCCGGCUUCAGGCUAUUGGAAGGGUUCUACCCAAACAUGGAUAUCAGACCAAAUCACACGAUUUAUAUCAACAACAUGAAUGACAAAAUUAAAAAAGAAGAAUUGAAGAGAUCCCUGUAUGCCCUUUUUUCUCAGUUUGGACACGUGGUAGAUAUUGUGGCUUUAAAGACCAUGAAGAUGAGGGGACAGGCUUUUGUUAUAUUUAAGGAACUGGGUUCAUCCACAAAUGCUUUGAGACAGUUACAAGGAUUUCCAUUUUAUGGUAAACCAAUGAGAAUUCAGUACGCAAAAACAGAUUCUGAUAUAAUAUCUAAAAUGCGUGGUACUUUCGCUGACAAGGAAAAGAAAAAGGAAAAGAAGAAAGCUAAAACCAUGGAACAGGCUGCAGCUGCUGCAAACAAGAAGCCUGGUCAGGGAACACCAAAUGCAGCUAAUACCCAAGGCACUGCAGCGCCAAAUCCUCAGGUCCCUGAUUAUCCUCCAAAUUAUAUCCUAUUUCUUAAUAACUUACCAGAGGAGACAAAUGAGAUGAUGUUAUCCAUGCUGUUCAACCAGUUCCCUGGAUUCAAGGAAGUUCGCUUGGUACCGGGGAGACAUGACAUUGCAUUUGUAGAAUUUGAGAAUGAUGGUCAGGCUGGAGCUGCCAGAGAUGCUCUGCAGGGGUUUAAGAUUACACCGUCCCAUGCCAUGAAGAUCACCUAUGCCAAGAAGUAACAUGUGAUGCCAAUGUGGAAGGACUUGGUUAUUUAUAGUGUUUGUUUUGAUCAUAUUCGGUCAAGUCAUUUUAAAUGGUUGGAAGUGAAGGUGAAGUUUUGGGAGAAGAGUUGUCUAAUUUUUUUUAGUUUUGCUGAACUAUGAAAUACGGAGCCUUAAUUUUGUACAAUAAACUUUUAUUUGUAUUCUGUUUACUGGUUUAUUGUCCUAUCAUCACUUAUUUUUGUAUAAACCUGAAAGUGUAUGAAACUCAGUAAUGGGGUUUAGGUUAUUUUGGAGCAGCUAAUGAUACAGAAGUUGAAGGGAGCAGAUUGCAGCAACCAGUGAGCAGCAUGUUAAUAGUAAAAUGAUCGCCCUGCUGUGAGUAACAAGACAUUUGCUUCUGUCCAAAGUGCAGUGCUUUGCUGGAUGGAGUAGGGAUUGCACAGUAUUAGUGGCCAUGUGAUAGCAGCUGCUUAUUGUUGUCUAGAAAAACAGGAAAUAAAAUUGCUGCCUGC